AUGGAAGCCGGCACGGGAACUGUGGUGGUCCAUUGCUCGGCGGGCGUCGGUCGCACCGGAACGUACAUCGCCAUCGAGAUGGCCAUCCAGAAGUUGUUGAAGGGCAAGGAGGUGUCGAUUGUCGAAAUCUUCAAGGAUUUGCGCAACUGCCGGCCGUCUUGCGUCCAAAACACUGCCCAAUACCUCUACAUCUACAGCUCCGUCCUCGAAUUUAUUCUCGUGCGUUUUGCUAUUCCAGCGUUUCUAACC